AUGUAGGAUUAUAGAGGCAAUUUCAAGAGAAUUGAAUUUGGAGUGCAAUAGACUCCUGUUAAAUCUACGACCAAUAUGAAUGAUUUUCAGUCUUCUUAAAAAUUAAAAUAUGAGCAAAUGAGCAAUAAACCCUAAUCAGUCAAUGUUAGUUUUGUUAAUGCUCCUGUAACGAUGGUGUCGAAAGAGCUAUUCACAUUAUAAAUACCAGUUAAAGUUAAAUAAUUGACUGAUGAUUGGAAUACAUAAUUAACUUUGAAAAUGAUUAUGCAAUCAAAUCAAUAAGCACAUGGAUAAACAUUAAGAAUUGAAUUGACAGAUGAUACAAACUUGUCAUUUUUACAAAUAUUGGAUUUAAAUGAGGGGGAGUUUUUGGCAUUGAAAAACGAAUAAAGUUUGCAUGUAGACUUUGCAACAUUUCCUAUGAAAUUAGCAGACCUAUUAUAAUUAUGCAUAAAUAGUUAAAGAGAUGAAAAAGUAAAGUAUAUAAUUAAAGAGAUUAUUUUAGCUUCUACGUUUCUUUGGAAACCAAGAAUGGAGAAUCAAACCUUGCAGUAAUUGAAAAUAACGAAUUCAAGAAAUUAACUCAUUUAUCAUUGAGAUUAAGAAGUGCUACAGAUGAUAUACUAAAAUACUUCUUAGCAAAUAAAUUGGCAAUAGAAAAAUAGGAGAAUGAAGAAUUGCACAAAAAAACCAAGAAAUUAACAGAGCAAUUAGAUGAGAAAUAAUGGGAACUAGAGAAUUUGAAAUCAGAAGUCAGAAAAUUUACAGAGGAUAACAAUGCUGUUCUUCAAUAAGUAUAAUUGGAUGAACAAAAGAAGUUAAAUGACUUUAGAGAGUAAGCUUUAAGUAAGGAAACAAAUUUUAAAAGAGAAAGUGAAAAUGAAAAGCAAUUUAUAAUAGAAAAAUAUGAAAAAAUUGUGUUAGAAUUAUAAAAUAAAUACAUUUAAUUGCAAUAAAUAAAUUAAGAUUUAUCAGAAUAAAAGAUACAACUUACUUAAUAAGAAAAAGAGUUGAAGAAUAGAUUUGCAAUAAUUUAAUAAGAAUCUUAAUAAUUAUAAAAGGAGAAUUCAGAGUUUAGAAUAAUAAAUAAAGAACUGGAUACUCUUAAGUUUACUUAAGAAAGAUAAAUCAUAGAGUUGAGAAUCUAGAAGGAAGGAUUAGAAAAAUUAUUACGUGAUAAGGAGGAUUUCUUGAGCAAUAAAUAAUAAUUAGUAGAUAAUGAAAAAAAGUAAAAUGUAAAUAACUAUAUUAAAUUUUUAGGUUAUUUUAGAAGAGUAAGCAAAUAAUUAAAAGAAACAAAUUGAUAAACUUGAAUAGAGAAUAGCAGUGAUGAGUGACGAAGUCAUUAAGGGAAAUUAAAUCAUUGAAAAAUUAGAAAAUGAGUUAAGCAAACAAAAGGAAAAAAUUAAAUUAAAAAAUGCAGUUGUUCUUCAAUAAGAGUAAACUGUAUAAUAGUUAUAAGAUGCUAAUGAUUAAAGCAGCAAACAAAUUAAUGAAUGUAAUAAUCUUAUCGAUUAUAAUUAUAGUGAGAAGAGAAAAAGACAGUUUAGAGUUGAAAUACAAAGAUUAAGAAAAUACUAAUUUAGAUCUGAAAAACAAAUUGGCGGAAAGUUAGAAACUGCUUGAAUCCAAUAAUUAAAUGAUAUAGUAUUUAAAUAAAUGCUUGAAUGAAACCAAAGUUUAAGCACCAGCUUAGAUGCCUGGUUUUUCAACAUUAAAAAGCCAAACCUUUACAAAGUAUACCUCUCCAAUUCCUUUAUAAGAAGAUGUAUAAAUUCAAGUUUAUAUUUUUAGAGAAGCUUCAGAAAUUAAAGUGUAACUUAUUAACAGAAUCUAAAUAAUGUAUCUUAGAUAUCGAAUGCAACGAUAUAAAAUAAGUUUAAUUUCUGAAGAUUAUUUUAAAAUAAC